AUGGAUGUUUCUCACCUGACGGAGGACGAAAUGGCCGAGAUAAAGAAGGAAGUCCUUGAAAGGUUACGCCCCUACCUCUGCGAUAAAAUAAUUGCCGACCGCCACUUCGACUACCUGCGCUCACGGAAGAUCCUGACGCGCGAGGACACUGAGGAAAUCAGCUGCAGAAGCACGCAGAGGAAACGCACGGGCAAACUAUUAGACUACCUGGCCGAAAACCCCCGUGGACUAGACACACUCAUCGAAUCCAUCCAACGUGGCCGCUCACUCAACUUCAUUAUCGCCAAAAUUACAGAUGAAGUGCAGCGCGUGAAAAACGAAAGGCUCGAGGCUUUGAGAGGGGCUUCCAGCUUGAGCUGCCAGAAAAAACAAUACCCAUCUUCAGCCACCAAUGACCUUUCCAGGUCAGACUCCUAUGACUCCAACUACGACAAAUGUUCCACUGUCCUGUUCCACCCAGAGGGAGAAGGAAGCCCCUCCACAUCGGUGGCCCCAGGCUCACUCAACUUGCACUGUGGCGCUCCUGGAAGCAUGGCAGCCGUAUCCUCCACUACUUCAUCGUCUCUCCCCAAGCCCGGUGAUCCGGGAGCACCUGCCUUGCCGGAAGAGUUGGAAGCAGAGGACCAGGAUUCAGAUGCCAUGGCGUGUGGAAGCACCGCAAGUGGAGGGGAUGCCAACUUCCAGCCACUGCGUUCACGAUCCUUAACCCCAGCCUCAAUGCCGCACAACCUCUCCCCUCGUUCACCAAUGUAUCAACAUUGAAAUACCUCCCAUCCAAAAAAAUCGCUGGAAAGGUUUUUCACAGUAAGAGUGAAUGUUCGGAGGAGUCAAACAAACACUUUUUCACCAAAUGAAACAGUAGCUGGGCAAUUUUUGUGGACAUUUAGCUUGAAGCAACAAGAGGCUCCGCAGGGAUCCAUGGUCUGAUCUUCGUCUGAUUUGUAUUAAACUGUGCUGUUGUGCUGCUCUCAUUACAUGUCCUGAAGUCAUAACUUUAGGGCUCAAUUCUCAGUCAAAACAUGUGGUGCUAUCAU